AUGGGGAAGGCGGGGGAAUGGAUCAGAGGCUUGUUGAGGGGGAGGAGAAAGGAGAAGGGCAAGGAGAGGGGCGGGUCGGCGGGGCAGCAGCCUGCGAAGGAGAAGAGAAGAUGGAGCUUCCGCCGGUCUGCGACGGCGGGGAAGGAUGCGAAUUCUCCAACGCCGGUGGCCAGUGGGCAGAUCCACGAGAGAACUCCGACGGCGGUGGCGGCGGUGGCCGUGCCGGGGAGAUCCUGCACCGUCGAGGAAGCUGCCGCCAUCAAGAUCCAGUCCCUCUUCCGAGCUCACCUGGUGGAUAUCUCUCGCUGGUUUGUUUUCUGAGGAAGACGCGAGAAAUGGGACGGGAAUCUGACUGAGGACAUGAUCGAAUCUUGCAGGCGAAGAAGGCACUACGCGCGCUGAAGGGGCUGGUGAAGCUGCAGGCGCUCGCGAGGGGCCACCUGGUGAGGAAGCAGGCGGUGGCAGCUCUGAGAUGCAUGCACGCCCUCGUGACGGCGCAGGCCAGGGCUCGAGAGCAGAGGCUCCGAGGGGCGGCGGAGGAUCCAUCGCCGCCGCCGGAUAAUCGCUGGUUCGGACGGUCGCCUGUAAGUCGUCUUCUUCUUCUUCUUCUUUGCCAUUGCUGGUUGGCCUCAGACCCGCCAUUGUCGACUUUCUCAGGGGGAGGACGUGAAGAUCGUGGAGAUGGAUCUCGGGGAGGCGACGGCGAGCUCGAAGCUCCAACUCCGCCACCGGGUAGCUUCCUCUGGGCCAUCCCCGGCGGCGGAGGCGAGCCCCGGGAGCUAUCUCGAGGAACUCUCCUUCUCCACCGCGCAGAGCAGUAGCCCCUACUCGGGCCUGCUGAACGCUCUCCUCGGCGGCGCUCGCCGGCGGGAGCUCUCUCCGAUCUCCGGCGAGCUCCCAACGCUAAAACCCAGCUACAUGGCCAACACGGAGUCCUCCAGGGCCAAGGCCCGGUCGCAGAGCGCCCCAAAGCAGCGCUUGGAGUCAGGCUGCCGCCGCCGCCCGUCGGUGGAGGGAAGGACUGCACCCCGCGGCGCUGCCGCCGGCGGCGGCGGCGGUGGCGGUGGCGUUAGAAUGCAGAGAUCCUCCUCCCACGCGGGCAAGUCCGGCAACUCCCUGAAGGGCAGUGAAUGCGGGUCGACCAGCACCGUCCUCACAGGCAGCAACUACUGUCGGUCCCUCCUUGCCUACGAGGUCAGCGGCCAUUAA